UCAUAUGAUCACUGACUCACGGUGACUUCCUGGUUAGAAGACUAAAAGACGCUUCUCGUAAUUUUAUCGUGACUUUUGCUGCGAUCAAGAGACGCGAAGAUGAUGUGUGGUGGAUCCUCUGAGGUUAAAGAAGCAGAUGUACAAGUCCAGACGAUCUGUGACGCUAUGAAGCCCCACGCUGAAGCAAAGGCAGGGAAGACCUACGAAGUGUUCACAGCCAAGUCGUACAAGACGCAGCUUGUGGCCGGGACCAACUACUUCAUUAAGGUCCACGUCGGAGGAGAUGAUCAUGUUCAUCUCCGCGUCUACAAAAAACUGCCAUGUCAUGGAGAAACCCUUGAGCUGUCUGAGAUACAGCAAGACAAAAGCCACUCCGACCCCGUUGAGUAUUUCUAAAGGAACCUCAAACCAAACAAAGCAUCCUAUCAGUGCCUAAAGGCUGUUCAAUCAACUAAUCUCACAUUAACCCGGCUCUGUAUCAAACAAUGUUACCUUAAUUAUAUACUUUCUUAGUAGUGUAGCUCAUGAUUUUAGGGGAAUGUCAACACAUUUUUGUAUGUCGUGAAUUCAUUAAAGAUAAUUGAUUAAA